UGCUUUUGCGAGGGCUAGGGUUUGUGGGCAGGGAGGAUGAUCGUGGAGCGGCAGGAGAUGCCGCUGAGCGAGGACGACGAUGAGGAUGAGGAGAAUGAUAUCUUCCGGCUCAUGCCAGCGUCGCUGGGGUUCCUCCGCGAGCAGGAUCUUGCUACAUUUUGCGACUGGGAGGAGAUGGGGGAGUCCGGUCCUUCUCAAUCCAAGAGUAACGAAGUCGAAGAUGAAGAUCAGAGCCUAGUGUGUCGUUUGUCGCGGGUUCGAUCCAAGAAAAAUGCCACCAACAAGUCGCGAGUGAUGCCAUCGAUUCCCUCUUGUUCAAAAGGUGGAUUGAUGGACGUCGCCGAGUUUUGGGACCGUGAGGAGGGCAGAGAAGAAAAUCCGAGCUUCAUGUCCCGGUUGUCGCGGGUUCGAUCAAAGAACAGUGCGAGGCGAAUCAAACACACACUGGACCUUUCUUUUAUGAAACCCCAAGUACCGGAAACUGUGAGCUUAAGUGCUCCAACUUGCGAGACAGUAGAUUUUGCUCCAACAGAAGAUUUUGCUCCAACAGAAGAUUGUACUCCAACUUGCGAGACAGAAGACUGUGCUCCAACUUGCGAGACAGAAGCUUGUGCUCCAACUUGCGAGACAGAAGAUUGUAGUAUGGCUAUGAAAAUGGCAACAACAGAAACUGCAAAUGAGCUCCUAGAGGAACUUCGUCUCAAAGAUUUUGAUUGCGAGACAGAAGAUUGUAGUAUGGCUAUGAAAAUGGCAACAAGAGAAACUGCAAAUGAGCUCCUAGAUGAACUUCGUCUCAAAGAUUUUGAUUGCGAGACAGAAGAUUGUAGUAUGGCUAUGAAAAUGGCAACAACAGAAAGUGCAAAUGAGCUCCUAGAGGAACUUCGUCUCAAAGAUUUUGAUUGCGAGACAGAAGAUUGUGCUCCAACUUGUGAGACAAGGAGAGUUAAACGUAAGCGCGAAGUUAAGGCUGAGGCCGAACAAAGCCCGUGGCUCAAAGAAUCUGGGAUGGAAUGGAAAAAUGGUAGGAGGUGCAGCACAAGGUACCGGUCCAGACCGUUGGAGUACUGGAGAGGCGAGAAGCUCCUUUAUGGACGCGUACACAAAACAAUGCCAACCUUGAUUGGCAUCAAGCACUCCUCACCGAUGCCACCACACCCCAAGAGAGGCGAGAAGCCCAAAGAGUUCAAGGUGGAGUCGUUUGUUCCGGACCAGUUCAAACAUCUAGUGAAACUGGCUGCGAUCUGAAAUUUUGUUUUGGUUUUCAGUAUCCUUCGCUCGUAUCUCGUCCGCAGCCGGCACAAGAUCUUGAGAAGCUGUCACCGCAAGCCUCCGGCUUACCAUCGCCAAGAAAAAGGAAUGAUUUUUGGCUUCCUGGUGCCAAACAACAAAGCUCUUGGGCUCUCCUGUGAAAAACUCGUUGCUCAGUCAUAGGUGGACUUUCCAUAAGUUUUUAGAUCAUCCAAAACUCUUUAGGAGUUUGAUCUGGCUUUGCCACGUGGCAUAGUUGGCAUUCAUUGAAACAGCAAAAUGCUAGGCAUUGCAUGAUGACAUACAAACAUGAUUUAUCAUUUUGUGAGUGUUUGGAAUUUAAAAAUACAGAAUAUAGGAAUGACAUUUAUAUA